GACAGCGAACGCAAAAGUCUCGAGCGAUCAAUCGACGACACCACUCUGACUACCAUGUUCGCCGCCCUCCGCGCCUCGUCCUCAAGCCACGUCCGCGCUUUUUCGAGCACGGCUCGGGCGGCCCUCAAGAUGCCGCUCCGCCCUCACGCCGAGACGCCUGCGCCCGUCGAUCUGCUUUCCAAGAUCGGGCGGAAUGCCGACAAAAAGCUCGCGGAGAAGGUGCCGGACUGGAAGGCGCUCACCGAGCUCUACUUCAAGGGGACGAAGCCAAUGAGCGACGCCGGCAUGACGCCGCGCGAGAGGAGGUAUGUGAUGUGGGCGCUGGAGCGGUACUCGCACGGCGACGCACCAUCGACCUUCAUCCGUCCGCCAAAGCCCCCCAAGAAGAUCCGCGGAUGGGGCCCCCGCGUUCAGCACGGCAAGCGCGUCAAGUAGAUAGAUGUCAUGGCAUAUUCAUAUCCUCUCGUCAA